AUGGAAUACGAGUUCAACACCGGCGCUGGAAAUCGAGAGGAACUCGUCGUGACAGACGUGUCUAUCCACGAAUUCAUAGAUCUACCGAAAACAGAAACGAAAUGGCAAUAUUUGAAUAUAAUCGGCAGCGAUUAUUUGUUUCGUGCAGAGGAGUCCACGCUUUAUUUCUACGAAGUGGACUUAGAUAAAAUUUGCAUAACGUAUUCCUCGAGCUUCGACGCAGAAGGCAAUAUAAUAUCGUACAGAGCAGUCAGCCUGCAACCGGAAAUGCAUUUGAUAGUUUUAUGCGUGGAAUCGAGAAACGCGACCACUUUGCAAUGGCUGUACGAUGAAAUUCCGAAAUUGAAAACAGACAGAAUUCAAGUUUGUCCUAUUCACGAAACCGCAUCACUCGCUGUUCAAGGCUCGAACCACGUUUUAUUUUAUGAAGAUCGGAACGUUACCGAAGGGAGUAGUUUCCGCGAAUUGCAGAGCAUAAAAUCGUAUAAUUUAAGCAAUUUCGUCUGUUUCGAAAGUGGAUACCUUUCGUUCCUGGCAAUAUCUGGCCCGGAAGCUGGCCUGUUCCACUUCGUGAACGACGAGUUCGAAUUCAACACAGAAUCUGAAUCUAAUUUCGAUUAUCCAGAAAUUGCUUGGAUCGAGAGUAUAAGACCAGAUUCCUAUAGAGAGGAAUCUUUAUUGUUGAUGCAAUUAAAAAAUUCUACUGUGCUCGCUCUGACCUGGCAAGGUUUCAGUUUUAAGGGAACUCAUUUGCCAAAUAAGAAUCUCGAUCAGUUCGAUCUUUCUAAAAUUAUACCAAUUCCAAAAUACGGUUUCAUGCACGGCAAUCAAUUGGUGAAAAUUCACACUCAGUUGAAAGAUGUUAUACACCCUGUCCAAUAUUCUACACAGAGACUGUUGCUCUUGCAAAGUUUACUAGAAGAAACGUUGAAUCAUCAAGACAGAAUUCUUAACGAGACAGAAGCUCGUAUCGAGAAAAGUUACUUGAAAAACCCAGUCACCGGAUUCUGGAAUAUUAGCGUAGCAGACGUGACAAAUGCAACCUUUUCUAAAAACGUAUCUUAUGGCCAGAUCACUAUAGGCAACGCGAAUUUAACACCCGAAGACGUGGGAUUCGACAUAGACAAUUUUGAGAAACGAUUAAAGAGUGUAAAGCAAAAACUGAUUGAAAUUGAUUCGAAUUUGGCUAAAGCGAAUCAGUUGGAUUUCGAUUCGGAUGUAGAAAUAUUUGGGAAUAUAAAUUUCGCUGGAAGUCUGACAGUCGAGAAUUUAACUGCAGAGUUCAUUAAUGACGUUAGCAUGAACGAUUCCUCGUCCCACGAUGAUUCUACUACGAUUGAAGAGACUUUCGAUUUCAUUCAAGCUGAGAAUCUCACGGUGUAUUCCGUGAAUGGUAUCCCAUUUAAAGAUAUUCUGUUCAGCGACGCUAUAAAAGAUUAUCGUCAUGUGAACUUUAGUGAAAUAAAUAAAGUGGAAGUGAAUGGAGAUAUUUCCUUCGAGAACAUCAACGGGAUUGAUUGGAAGAUUUUGAUGAGAGACAUCGUAUGGAAAGACGAGCCUAAAGUCAUUCCUGGAAACACUGUCAUCGAAGGGAUCCUGACCACAGACACCUUCGAUUUAAAUCAAAUAAAUGGCCUAAAAUACCCAGAAGACUUCGUCCUGGCCCAUAAAAAUGGCGAGGCGAUUGUAACUGGAUUAAAGACGUUCAACACGUUAAUAACUUCACGUUUAGAGGACGUGAAAACCCUAAAUGGUUUAGAUUUUGAUGAAUACGUAAUCCUAGAUAAGCAUAAUGUAUUGAAAUCGAUUUCCUUCGAGAAUUUAACAAUUGAUGAAGAGUUAAGGAUGGAUUGCGAGAUGGAAGGAUUUAAUCAAACGGGUUACCUGUUGUUGAACGAGACGAAUAAGAUUUCGUCUGACAUCAGGUUCAUAAAUUUGACAGUCUCCGGCGAUGUCACGUUCGAUACGCUAUUUAUGGAUAAAAAAUUACUCAAUUUGAAUGAUUUGUUAUUAAAAACCGAGGAGAACGUUGAGAUCACAGGGACUAAGACGUUCCUAGGCAAGGUCGAGAUGAAGUCCGACGUUACUAUUACAUCCGGCAUGAUUAAUGGGCAUUUGAUAGAAGAAUUCGUGACUUACGAUACAGAACAGACGUUCCCAAAUUUAAAUAAAAUAUUGGCGAACGUCACUUUUGGAAACGUCAUUUCCGGAGCCGUUGAGAAGUUCGAAGCAUUCUUCGAAGAGAAUAAAAAUGCUGAUAAUUGUUUAGAAAAAAUUCUGAUAUUCAAGCAUCCAAUCAUCGUAGACGAACUGACUUUCAAUACUAUAAACAAUGAUACUUCGUACGAUGAGUUCCAUCGGAAAUUAAACGAAACAUUGAAGAACGUUGUUUUCGAGAAUUUAAUCGUCGACAAUAUAACUGCUAAUAAGAUC